UAUAUAUAUAUUUAUUAAUUUUUACGAAGCUGUAUGUAGGUUGAAUAUGAAUAUCUGUACAUAUUUAUAUAUAUAUAUUUAUAUGCACAUAGGGCACCAAAUAUGUGGCAUUCCCGUUACACGGAACUUUAUUCAGUUCAAAUAUAAUAUCUUAAAACUAGCUGGUGUAGAAAUCCACGAAAAAUCGCAGUGGCAAAUUGAGUCUGCGAUUUUUAAAGGCGAGAGCCGUCGCUAUUUUGCCGUCGCAGUGCGUGUGUGAGAGCGCGAUAGCAACAUUGGCUUUAGAAAGGAACAGCGCUAGCAAAACAAAUCAAAACACAAAUCAUGUGCACAUGUUGACACCGCAUUUAACGCAGCAACAAAGUUAGCAGAACACUACAUCCGCGCAGCCAAAUACAUCUGUCAGUGUGUGCGUGCGUGCAGAACUAACACAAACGAAACUAAAGUAAAUGCAAUAAAAAACAUGGCAGCGCCACCAACAAACAAUGCAACAAAUUAAUGAAGCCCUUCAGUCGUUGACGUUGUUUGGCUAUAGCCGUCGCAGGCGUAGUGGUUCCAGAGCACACCAGUGACGCUCAUCGUCACCGGCAUGUUUGUUGGGCCAACCAUUGUGCCAUGGAAUUGAGUGAGUGAGCGAAUAUGAGAAAGAGCGAAGUAAGUCGUGCCCAUAUACCGGCAUACAGCCGCACUCGCUGGUGAUGUUCAUGCAACAAACAACAAUUUCUCAAAUGUAAAGAUGGCUGCCGCAAUGGCUGAAUUGGUAAAAAUGGAAUAUGAAAUACCACUGAAAUAGGUAUGCAUGCAUGUAGGAUUGCACGUCUAAACUCCAAGCAUUUGAAGAGCACGACAAAGCGGAAUAAGCAGCAAAAGCAUAUAUUGGUGUCUUGUAUUGGUGGGGGCUAUAGUAAUGGCGGUAGUGUAACGGUGGUAGUUAUUAAGAAAGCGAGCGCCGGCCGUCGCAUGCAAUUGGUUCAUGUAGAUGCGCUUCCGUUCUCACGAUUAGAAAGGAAGUGCGCGCUCAUCUCAGGCAGCCAUUAAAACAGCUGUUUUGUUGAAGAGCGUCUACACGCGCCCAUCAUUUAUGUAUGUUUGAUGAAGUAUUUAUUUUGAGAAGAGUGAGUAUACAUUCGAAACUCCGACGUUCAGAGAGACUAACGUAUUCAGCGCAUCUACUCAAAAUCUCCCAAUAUGUGGAAAAUUUUGUCUCAGCUGUUGGCGUCAGCUGCGCUUUGCUAAAGGCCAGCGGCACAAUCAUCUAUUCUGCAGGCCGUAGCUUAUUGGUGUCACAGUCGGUUGAGAGAGCUCGUUCGCAAAAGUCAAAUUUGAUGUAAAUUGGAGUGAACGCGUCGCGACGUUGAAGAGCUCAGAAAAUUAUCAAAACAUUACAAAGCCAAAAACUAGAACUUAAUGUACGAUAUUUUUCUAUAAUUAAUUUGGAUUAUAAGCGAAAACGACUUACAUUAGUUAAGUAACAAGAAAACAAAAAAACAAAAUUGUGAUAAAAAAAAGCAAAGCGAGUAACUCUGAAGUGAAAAUUUGAAGAAAAUCAGCAAAACACCAAAGUUGUACAGAAAAUUUUUGUACGCACACAUACAUACCAUUUGACGUGGGCUGCGAAAAGCAACAGCAAAUUCUGACCUCAAUACGUUUGUAAGGCCAGACAAUAAAAGGGCGUUGUGACUUUAUUCCGCUGCCACUUCGCUGACGUUAUGCCCUUACAGACUUGAAACGUCGAAGUCAGUGAGAACGUGAACGGCGUAAUAAUCAUUGCAACUGUCCAUUUGAACGUAUGCGCUAAGAGUUAGUUGUAUUGUCGCGCGGUGUGCCCAUCAAACGGUACGUCAGUUCGCCCGUCUGUCGGUGGUAUAUUAAUCGUCUAUUACGAACUGUGCAUGUUUGAAAGAGAUAACAAGUCAGCAUAACCGUCUUUGAGUGCGUUCUGAACAAACAAAUACAAACACCAAAGCAAAGGACUAAGUAGGUAUGCAUACAUACCACCUCUGCGGGUCAAUUGUUGUUGGACGCUUAAAAAACGUUAACCAAAAAAUUGUAAAGGGAAUCGAUUGUUCUGCGGCAGUGCCAACAAGAAAAUCAGCUGUCGUGGCAUAGCAGCCAGUACCCAACUAAGUGCAGACGCGCAAAACUGAGUGAAACCCAAACCACUCAAACUGAGCGCUGAGACGCUGAAUAGCAACCACCAACAUCAAGUGAAGAACGGAGUGCGAAGAGCCAAUUCCUGUAAUUGCCGCAGUCGACGGCAAUUUUACUGCCACAGAAUACUGAGCUCAGAGACAAGGCCGAAAACGAAUUCGGAACCAUAAACUACCAGCUAGUAAACGAGGGCAGUCAUUAAGAAUUUUUUUCACUACACUUGGGUUGGUCAUAGUAAAUAGACGGUCGGUAAAACGGUGAAUAAAGAAAAAAACGUUAACGUCUCCGUCACGUAAAACAAAUCUAAUUAAUUCAACAUUGCAGUUGCAACUUGACCAAACACACACACGCAAAGAUAAUUAAAUUAAGGCUGAUUAAUUUUUUGUAAGAAAAAAGACAAUUACAAAAGCAAACGUAACUAAAUUCAAAGUGUAUUUUUAGUUCUUCGUGAGUAAAGACUGAUAAAAAGUAACGACAAGGAUUAUUCCAAAAAUACAAGAAUACAAAAAAUAAAAAUUCAAUAAUAAUAGAAUAAUUAAUUAUAAGAAGAAAGCGAAGCCAAUGCAGUUAAAGCAACAAAAACACAUUCACAAUUACGGGUUGAUAAAAUACGUUAAAAAUUAAGUAACUAGUUCAUGUGAAACUAAUAUAUGUAGAACAAAUUACAUAUAAUACGACUAAAAUAACCGUAAUUCAUAGAAAAGUAAUUAUAUAUUUCUACCUACUUGCUAAAUAAAAUACAAGGAAAUGAUAUAACAAAGUAAACAACAGCAACAUAUGGAUUAACGUUCCUGGUAUAAUUAACAAGAAACACCCCAUCUACACAAAAGGAUCUGCGCAUACCUGCACAGCUCGCGGAUUAAUAUCAGCUAAAUAUAUACAUAUAUAGAGCUGGUGUGAGCUUUGCAUUACAUCCACAAUCAUAGUUUCACUGAAAGAAAAGCUCCAAAAGCAACAGUAAAUCAAAGAGUAUAUUGAAAGUGGAUUACCAUACCGUUUCGAUAUCACUUUAUAGCACCAGCAACAAUUUGGAUAACCGUCGCUAGUGUCAGUUGUGUAUUGUUUGAUACGUUUCGAAAUUUCAUUGAAUUAUCGUCAUUUGAAACACCAGUGCCUGAAGAUAAGAAGUGCAAGAAAAUAAUUGCAAAAAUCAAAAGUAAAAAUUCUGUGCUCGAAAUACAUUUCGUGAAUAUUUCGCAACUCCUUACGCUUUACUAUAAAAGAAAUAACCCAAACAAGGAAAUUAGUGCCAACAAAAACAAAAGCAAAAGCAAACUAAGCAGCAAUAAAGUUAGAUUGUGUUUGUUAAAAUUGAGUCCUUCCAUGUGAAUUCACCCGCAAAAUUGUGAAGAAAGCUAAUGUUAUAAAAUAAAAGAAAUUGUGGGCAGUGUUUAUAACGAAUUCCAUGUGAAUAUAAAAAAGUGGGAAACUUGUGUGUGAGAGCGUCUUUAAGAUUGCUAAAAUUAUUAACGAAAAUAUUGCCAAAAUGACGAUGGCAGCGUGCUACGCCAACUAUGAAAUGUCUUUGCCACAUAGCAUGUCUACAGCGGCGUUGCUUAGUGCUCAACAUCAUCACCAUAAUCACCUCAAUCACAGCCAUAGUCACCACCAACAGCAACAGCAGUCGCAGCAAACGCAUCAUCAGCAACAACAGCAAAUUUACCAUCACACGCAGCAGCAACAUCAGCACCACCAGCAGCAACAUCUCUCGCAAUCAUCAAAUGUGGCAACGUCGUCGUCGUCCACAACUGUGAACCGUUCAACGUCCAUGGCGGCGGCGACGCCGGCUGGCCGAGGUGGUAAUGCCUCCACAGUCACACCCGCCGUCGCCGCCACCAACUCAGUUAUAAGCAGCACCAAUAUUGGCAGCGCCAACGUCACCAACAGUCGCAGUAACAGCAGCAGCACCACCAAUAUUAGUAAUGGUCCAACAAUGUCAGCUGGUCCAACGGUGGCGAUCGUCAGCACCGGCGGCACUGCGACACCACAGAAAGACUAUUCCAUUCCAUUGCAUGUAGAUUGCAGCGUAGAAUAUGAAUUACCAAAUCAACCCAAACCACCGGUAGGCCAACGAGUCGAGCCAUUGUUGAUGAUUCAUCCCUGUUACUUUCGUAAAAUGGAAUCACAACGGCGCAGUCCUUUUGUUAACAAUAUGCCAGCGUCAGCGCGCAACAGCACUGCGUUGUUGGUGAGUGGCUUAAGUAGCUCCUCAUCGUCAGCAACCACGAGUGGUGCUGCGUCAUCGGCGGCGAGUACGUCUGGUGCAGCUGUCACUAGCUCAUCGACGCGUCGCUCAGCUGCACGUCAAUCUCAGGUUAUACAGCAACAGCAGCAGCUCCAAACACAGCAACACUUGCAGCAGCAUCAAGUAGUUGCGCAAUACCAGCAACAGCUGCAGCAGCAACAACUGCGGCAGUCAACACAACAACAGCAACAGUCACAGUUGCAACAGGAGCAACAGCAGCAACUUCAACAGCAACAGAUGUCGCAAAUGUCGCAACAAGCGCACUAUCCAGUGGUGGUGGCGCACCACCAUCUGAGCCACCAUCAACAACAAACGCAGCAACAGAAAGCGGCGCAACAACAAGCUAGCAUUGCCUCAUCUGCUCCAACAUCCUCCUCCGCCUCAACAGCGGUGUAUAUUGAGCACGCCAGUGCAGUGAGGAGAGCAGCAGCCGCGGCUGCUGUGCAUCACCGUAGUAACCAAAGCCGUGCCGCAAGCGCUGUUGCCAGCAAUGCCAGCCAAGUGCAUCAGCAACAGCAACUGCAGCGUCCAAGCCAAAGCACAACUGCCUCGAUUGCAGCCGUGGCCGCCGCCGCCGCAGCAGCCGCCGUUACCUCUCAAAGCCAUCAGAAUAUUCUAAGCCAGAAUGCCUCACAAUGGGACCAGUUGGCAGCGAUAGCCGCCCGCUCCUCGAUGACACCAGUCGCAGCUGCGGCAGCUGUGCACUCCAGCCAAAUGUUGGCACCACGCAGCACACCCGCCUUAUUCGGCAAAAGUCUGUCCGCCGUAGGCAAACGAGACGCUAUGAUUUCCGGCGGCGUAUACGGUGCCAAUGGUGCGUCGGCAGCCAGCAGCGUAGUCACGCAUCACAACGGAAAGCAGCAACAACAACAACAACAGCAACAAGUGCAUUGUUUGCCCACUGGUGCGAUGUGGGCCGAUCCGAGCAGCGUAGCGUCUGCCUCAGCAGCCACCUCGUCCACAGCGUCGGCGCUGAUAAUCGAUCGCAGCCCAAUGGCAACAGUUCCUAGCAACUAUCAGGCUGGGCCUGAUACCACCCCGACAAUAAGCACACACUACGCACGUGACGAAAAGCUUAGCGGCAAAUACCGACAGUACUUGCGGUCGCAGCGCAUGCAUCCUUAUUUGUCGGCGACAACAACGAAUGUGGCUGCCGUCGCUGCAGCGGCCAAUCUCGGCCAGACAUUUCCACAGUUCGCGGCCACGCCAUCGUUCCAGCAUCUGCAACAGAUUUCCUGUUACAAUGUAUGAUCGACAUGAAACGCUGACACAGCAGUUGCGGCAACAACAGCCCCCGUAGCAGCAACAGCAACAGCAGUUGUGAAAACUGUCAUUGUUCCAUCAAGCGAUUAAAUGCAGUGCAGCUAGCAAAUUGCUUCUUAUGAACGCCGUUUUACAGCGGGUCUUUGGUUGACGGUGGACAGUUGAAGUGAACAAGUCGCAUAGCUUUUGGAGUUAGCCGAUUCCAUGCAGCACGUAUAAUGAAGUUGCGGUAGUGUAAAUGGUAAAAUUAUUUGCAAAACAAACUUAUGGAUUACUUUCAAAUGCCAGAUAGCGCAUUUCGUAACAUAAAAGGCAAAAAUGCUAAACAAAAUUACAUAAAUACAAAGUAUAAGAGGAAAAUUAAUGUUAGGCGAUAGCUGCUAAAUUGUUAAAUUGAUGAAGAACCCAUUAGAAAAUAUUUGGAAAUAAGACUACACUAUUAGAAAAUGCAACACAUUGUCGAUAUUUAUGUACCGUAACGUUACGCCAUUGACGAAUCGAACAGUUGGACGCUUAACGAACACGAAGACGCUUCAACAUUAUUGUUAAACGCUUGCUAUAAAAGCUCUAGGGUAGAACGCAUGUGUAGGUGUGUAGGCCCAGGCGGUCCUAUUGUCCCGUAGGUAUGUUUCGCCGACGGCUCUUGCACCUCUUUAGGCUACUAACACGCAUACAUACACAUGUACGUGUCGAUCGUAUUAGCUGUUGAGAAUGCCGUCGGCAUUUUAAAUGUAGCCAACGCGUCUUAUAUUGUACAUAUGUAUUGUAUGGCGGUAGGUGUGUGCUCAUUCGAUUAUUUAAUGCAGAUGCUUUCAAUACCUGUACCAUGUUACUCCUUUGCGUGCAAUGGCGGUGCAACUUAAAAUAACAUAAAUAUGCAACAAAGCCAGCUAAGCUUAUGGGCCCUCGAGGCAAACAGAAAUGAAAUAUAAAAUCGAAUUUGUAAGUACUUGCCGUAGCGAAUUGCUUAACGAUCUAGACGCCCGUUUUCCGUAAAAGUUGCGUAGACAAUGUAGGCAUACAUCCACAUACACCAACAUGGAUAUGCGUAUGUACAUGAGCGUCAGUACUUAAUUUGUAUUAAGGCUUUAUUUAUUUGUUUUUCUAAAAAUUUUAAUUUUGUACUGCUUUAUUCACUGUAAAUAUAAUAUAAUGUAAAUAUGUAUGCGUAUUCGUUGUUGGCCAAAUCUCAUUUGUGGUUUAUAGAUUAACUCACGAGUUCGCUCGAAAGCGCGUUUAUCAGCAGAAACGAAUGACCUUCAGUGCUUUCGUUUCAUCAGCACUUUCUUGAAUUCCUUAAUUAAUGUGAUAUUUAAUUUAAUACACACGCUUAUGAAAUUCCCAAAUUCACAGCGCUAUAAAUGAUAUUAGGUAAUAGUAAUUUAAUUUAAAAUAGAUUAAAUAAAAAAUAAUUAUUAUUCAAAAAUAAUAUUAUGAAUGGAAAUGUGUUUUGUUUCAUAUUGUUUUUGGAUGUAGAUCGGUUGGUGUUCUUCUGAGCGUGUUUGUGUGUGCGUUUAAUUUUUUAAAAAUGACGCAUUCGGCGCGAUGGCCUAUCUGUUCAUCGGCUUUCUGUCGUCUUGCGUCGCUCAAAUGGCCAGUCGCAGUUUGGUUGUUGUUGUUGCUUGGCCGCUUUGUCUGUCACUGGCGUGUUAUAAAUAAUUACUUUAUUUAUUUUGUCUAUUCAUUAUGCGCCUUAUUUCAAUGAGACUGCCCGCAUUUGGGUCAGCCACUGAAUAUAUAUAUUUAAAUUAAAUAUACAAAUUUCGGUUUUAAGACUUGACAACGCGCCACACACAAACACAUACACCCAUUUAGCGUACAUUGUACCAGCGAGUGGCAGUCUAACGCCUUUUAUUUGAAUUUAUUUUUUAAACUUGCUAUUUUGCAUUUCAAUUACAAAUUUAUUUAAAGUCACUGGAUUAUUAUUUAGUUUCGCUUUGUUUCUUGGCUGAGCAAAAAUGUUGCUCUUGCUAAAUAAUAAACCUCGCUUAAUUACAAAACGAGGUGGACUUUGUUGCUACAUUUCCACUCGUGCAUGCAAGUAUCUAUAAUUAAUUGUGUCCAUAUUGUGUACUCAGUGGAUUUAAUGAUACAAAUGAACCUCGCAAACAUUGUUUUUGGUGGUAGACAGCGCUGGCAACAAAAUUAAUGAUUGAGAAGAGUUUUCCGAGACAAAGGCUAUUGCAAAGUGGACGUUCAAGGCCGAGUCGAGCCCAAAGCUGAUUCCGAGCAGCGCUGAUUACCGCGCGUACUUUGCUAUUAUACACGUACAUGUGCACUUUUCUUUUUAAAUCUGUUCAUUUUAUUUGCGCUAAUGCAAGUGAAAAGAGAAGAAAUGCACUCCGCAGAUAAAUAAUAUUUUGCUUCCAGCUCUGUGCUAUUGAAAAAAAAGUCCUUGUGAUUUCGGACGGGUUUGGAGCUUAUUUGUCGCAUUCGUCAGCUUUGCGCUCGUCUCGACUUUCAGUGUCUACUCUGCAGACACCCAAAGUAUUGAAACAAUAGUGACGUUGAUCUUGCUUAUGCAUAAUUCAGGCCUGAAGCUCAGUGACGAACAUCGACCAACUUGCUCCAAGACGGUUACGGGAAACACGAACACACAUGCAUAUGCGUUAAUUGAACAUUACUAUGACAAAUACUAGCAACAAGGAUAUAUUGAAUACAAUUAGCACUUAACAAAAGAAUAUUAUUAAUUAGCUGCUGAAACAUAAAUAUAUACAUAUAUACAAACACACGAAGCAAUGAGGUAAUUAAUGUUCCAUAUAAGCUGUUUUAUGAAGCAAUAACAAUUUACAAAUUAAUCAAUGCAUACAAGAAGCCACAAUUAGCUGCGCAUGCGCGUAUACAUACCGCACGUAUAUAUAUAUGGUAUACAUAUACAUACAAUAUAUAUUAUAUACAAUACAAUUAUUGAUUAUGCCGCAUAGAAGCAUGUAAACUUCAUAUGUAUGUGUACAGAGCCAUGCAUUACGCCAGCAAGCAUGUACUUGUAGAACGGAAACAUGGCAGCAACAACAUAUCUAAUGUCGGUUGAGCGGAGGAAGCACUUAAGAGUAAAUUAAAUGGGUUGAAGCGCAGAGCAAUGGCAGCUGGCUGCUGAUCAGACUGGCCAAAGCGGCAGGUAGCGGGGCAAAAGUUGUAGGAUUUUCGUUAAGUCAACAUUGAAAUGAAUGCAUUGUUAUACAUUUACGCGCAUUUCAAUUGAAAAUAUUUAAAAUUGUUAACGGCGAGGUGUAACCGGUUGAAGGGUUUCGCGGGCAGUAAAAGCAAUAAAGUACGAUGAACUGCAGGAGACAAAAAUCACUUUAUCAAAUAGACGCAUACACAUACCAUACAUGUAGUUGAUUGUUUGUAAAGGUGCGAGGGCUGAGGCGAAUAAAAUUGCUUUUGUUAAAUGUCGAGGCCUCACAGACCAGAUUUAACGUCGCAAACAACACAAUUCAUUGCCAUGAAAUUGUACGUUUCACAUAUAACAAUAGACAGGAGACGCCUACAACUGAGUACCGACCGCUUUCAUGAAUGUUCAGUUUGUCAAGCGCUCUUUCGACUUAUUCUCUCUGACUUUGUGCAUCUCGGGUAGAAAUUCUUUUACAGCUUACGAGAAACUAUUAUGUUCAAAAACAUAAAAAUGUAAAUGACAAGUAGACGGAGAACAUUAACAUACAUGCUAACGUACAUAUAAUACAUACAUACAGGUACAUAUGUAUGUAUAUGGCUGCCUAAGAUAUUGUAUAAUAUAAAGUAUUACAUAUUCAAAUAGAUAUCAGUGCUGAAACCUUAUUGAAACUAAUUAUAUACAUAUGGUAUAUGUACAUACAUACAUACAUACUCACAUAUGCGAUAUUAUAGGUACAUCUGCCAAGUCAGUUAUGACAACUAUUUAAUUUGGGACAAAUAAACCGACACAAUAAGGACACCCACAUCGACUACCGAACCCCUGCAAAUGAAAGAGCGCUCUGCAGCGCUUCGACAGUACGGCAAACACAGAUAACACCAAAAACCACACAAUUCAUUUAUGUCACACAAUAUUUUCCUUUAAGCGCUUUUAAAAUCGCCAAAUCGAACUUAAGUCGGAGUGUAGUUAAAUUUGUUAAAGUUAACAAAUCAACACAACAACUACAGCCGCAGGCAAUUGUAGCUAGUGACGUUGCAAGUAAAGUAAAGGAGUAGAACUGAAUAAGUAAAAAAUAACAAAAUAGAAAAAAAAAAAAACAAAUUAUAUGCAUUCACACAUACACAAAUAGGCACUCAUACAAAAUAAAAAUGUAACGAUAAUAACUUAGAACUGAAUCCAAAUGUAAUUACUAGCAAAAAUGCUAGUGUCGAGCCGAGAACAUCUCGCCAACUACCUGUAUAUGCUAUAAUAUGUAUGUAUAUGUGACACAUUUUGCCCUUCAUGAAAAGCGAACUGUUAAACGCAUACAUACAUAAGUAAGUAAGGAAAUAUACUUAUAUACAUAUAUCUUAAUUUUGUUUUCAAAGUUUCCAUACAAUAUGAAUAUUUUGAAUAUGUGUGUAAAUGCAAUGCAAGCCAUUAUGCAUACCAACAUAAUCAUAUGCAUUUAUACAUACAUACAAACGCUCUUGUUAAUCAGCAUGCGCAAACAUAUGUACAUAUGUAUAAUUGUGUGUGCUUUUGAAUGCCGGCGCAUUUGCUUAUUUUUAAGUAGAACAAAAACAAAAAAUCAGAGACUUUUAUGAGGACAUCCCAAACAAAUACACAUACAAACAUACAUAUAUUAUGUACAAAAAAAUAAAUAUGUAUAUAAAUACACAUUAGUAAUAUCAACAAUGGUACAGACUUAUGCAUAUGUAGCAUACAAACACACGAAAACAUACAAACACGUAUAGUUUCAUAAAUUAAAUGUGAUAGUAGUUUUAUAUUGAUUAUUCAUUAAUUGAUUAAUGAAGCGAACAUUUUCGUUUCAGCUAUGUUAUUAUUGUAAUUUUUAAUUUUCUAUUUAAAUCAUUAAUUAUUUCAUUAUGUACAAUAAAAAUAUAUCAUUAUUAUUGUUCUCAUUAAGUGUAUAGGAGUAUUAUUAUGAGUUCGAUAUGUAAAAAUGUAGAAUACCUUUGUUGCGAACCUGUAAAUUACAUACGUAUGUCAAUGUAAACACAUGCAGACAUUGUAAAACAUAAAUAUUAUAUACAUACAUAUAUGUAUAUAUAUAAGUAUAUAGCAACCUAUAGUAAAGGCGUAAGUUUGUUUGUAAUGUAGAAAAGCAAAACGCUUUAAAUAAAGCUAACGGAAAGCAUGAAGAAAAAAAAAUAGUAAAAAGAAAAAUGUAUGGAAAAACCGAAGAAAAUACAUAAAUAAUAACAAUAAUAAUAACUAAACAGUAAUAAAUUUGUAGCAUAUUUAAAAAUUACAAUGAUACAAGGAAUUAUUAUUAUAUAAUCACUCACACACAAAAUCAACAACAAUUACAUACAUACAUAUUAACAGCAAAACAAGCUAUAUAUACAAAUACAAACGAACAUGCAUACAUAUAUGAAUAUACAUAACUUAACAAUGCAGGAAAUUUAAGAAAGCGGAAAUAGCGAAAUGAGCCGAAAGAAACCUAAAAACAACAGUUGAAAACUAGAAAGAAGCAGGAAUUAUUUAGAAAAACAACAACAAUAAAAUAAAAGAAUACUAAAUUGAUUUGAUCAAAACAUUA